GGCACAGGCAUUGGGAAUCCUCUCCACCCCUACCGGACCCUGAUGCACCGGGAGUAGGGGAAUAGCGCUCCUGAGUCACACUCUCCCUCUGCUUCUCUGGUCAGUUCCUGCUGCCCCGCGCGGUCUCUCCGGCCUAGCCCUCGGAACCCCCACCCGGAAGAUGGAGGGGCGCUAACCCCGCAGCCAGCCGCCGGCUCCGCCCCUCCAGCCCGUGCGCUGCGGGAGGCCGGCCCAGCCCACGGAAACGCCGUGGCGACGAUGGCGGCGGACGUCGAGGGCGAAGUAUACGUGCUGGUGGAGCAUCCCUUCGAGUACACGGGGAAAGACGGGCGCCGCGUCGCCAUCCAGCCCAACGAGCGCUACCGGCUGCUGCGCCGCAGCACCGAGCACUGGUGGCACGUGCGCCGUGAACCCGGUGGCCGCCCCUUCUACCUGCCCGCUCAGUACGUGCGGGAGCUGCCAGCGCUCGGAGACCCCGCCCCCGCUCCGCCUGCGUCCCAGUUCCAGGCGGGCCCGGUGGCCCCCGAGCCGCUGACCUACGACUACCGGUUCGUGAGCACGCCGGCGCCCAACAGCUCCGCCGUCGAACCGCGAGGCCGGGCUAGCUCCUUGUGCGGUUCCGCGCGGCGCGCCGCGGCGGCCAAGCGCAGCAACUUGGCACCCAGCCUGCCUGCCAGCCUGUACCUCCGGCCUGCGGCACCCGUGCGCCCCGCGCAGUCCCUGGACGACCUGGCGCGCGUCGCAGCUGCCGCCCCGCCACCUGCCGGCCUCCUCGUGAGCGCGGGUGGCUUCAAGGCUUGCAGCGUGGCCGGCUCCUGGGUGUGCCCGCGGCCGCUGACGCGCAGCGACUCGGAGAACAUCUACGAGGCCAUCCAGGACGAGGUGCGCGACCCACCGCGGGAGGGCAGCCCGCGGCAGGAGGAGGCAGACUCUCCUGAGCCAGUGUACGUCAAUGUGGAGAGGCAGCCUCAGGCCAAUUCUCCGGGCGCCCCUGUGGCUGCUUGCCCCAGCCAGGUGUGGGAGACACACAGGGACGCAGGCACUGGGCGCCCUUACUACUACAACCCAGACACGGGUGUGACCACCUGGGAGUCGCCCUUCGAGGCUGCCGAGGGUGCAGCCAGUCCGGCCGCAUCCCGGGCCUCUGCAAGCAGCCGCGAGAGCCUGGACACUGAGUGGGACCAGUACUGGGAUGAGGAGAGCCGCCGAGUGUUCUUCCACAACCCACUGACAGGCGAGACGGUCUGGGAGGACGAGCCUGAGGACGAGCCGGAGGACGAGCCCGAGAUGCAGCCCUGCCUGAGCCCUGGCAGCCCCAGGAACCAGAGGCCCCCAACCCCUGAGACCGAUUACCCCGAGUUACUGGCGGGUUACCCUGAGGAAGACUACUCGCCUGUGGGUUCCUAUGAUGAGCCCUGUCCCCUCUCUUCCUUGACCACACCUCCGGGCUGGUCUUGUCAUAUCAACCAGGACAAGCAGACGCUCUACACCAACCACUUCACCCAAGAGCAGUGGGUGAGGCUGGAGGACCAGCAUGGAAAGCCCUACUUCUACAACCCAGACGACUGCUCUGUUCGGUGGGAGCUGCCCCAGGUGCCUGUCCCCACCCCUCGGAACACCACAUCUAGCCAGAACAGUGACACCCCGGCCCAGUCCAGCCCCCCGGAGGAGAAAAUCAAGACCCUGGACAAGGCGGGCGUCCUGCACCGCACCAAGACAGUAGACAAGGGGAAGCGGCUCCGGAAGAAGCACUGGAGUGUCUCCUGGACGGUGCUGGAGGGUGGCGUCCUGACGUUCUUCAAGGACUCCAAGACCUCGGCCACAGGAGGCCUGAGGCAGGCUGGCAAGCUUUCCACCCCUGAAUACACAGUGGAGCUGAAGGGGGCCUCUCUCUCCUGGGCCCCCAAAGACAAGUCCAGCAAGAAGAAUGUGCUAGAGCUGCGGAGCCGUGAUGGCUCAGAAUACCUGAUCCAGCAUGACUCGGAAGCCAUCAUCAAUACCUGGCACAAGGCCAUCACCCAGGGCAUCCAGGAGCUGUCCACAGACUUGGCCCCAGAGGAGGGAAGCCGCAGCAGCAGCGCUGACUUUGGGUCAAAUGAGCGCCUGGGGAGCUGGCAGGACAGAGAGGAGGACACGCGGUCUGGUGCAGCAGCAGCUGCGUCUGUCCUGAGCCCGGGAACCCUGGAGAGUGACUUGAGCAAGGUCCGGCACAGACUGCGCAAGUUCCUACAGAGGCGACCCACGCUGCAGUCGCUGCGGGACAAGGGUUACAUCCGCGACCAGGUGUUUGGCUGCCCGCUGGCCGUGUUGUGCGAGCGCGAGAGGAGCCCGGUGCCACGCUUCGUGCAGCAGUGCAUCCGUGCCGUGGAGGCCCGGGGCCUGGACAUCGACGGGCUGUACCGCAUCAGCGGAAACCUGGCCACCAUCCAGAAGCUGCGCUACAAGGUGGACCACGAUGAACGCCUGGACCUGGAGGAUGGGCGCUGGGAGGACGUCCACGUCCUCACAGGCGCCCUGAAGCUCUUCUUCCGGGAGCUGCCCGAACCCCUCUUCCCCUUCUCGCACUUCCCGCAGUUCAUCGCAGCCAUUAAGCUGCAGGACCAGGCCCAGCGCAGUCGCUGUGUGCGUGACCUGGUGCGCUCCCUGCCUGCUCCCAAUCAUGACACGCUGCGGCUGCUGUUCCAGCACCUGUGCCGGGUGAUACAGCACGGCGAACAGAACCGCAUGUCGGUGCAGAGCGUGGCCAUCGUCUUCGGGCCCACGCUCCUGCGGCCAGAGACAGAGGAGACCAGCAUGCCCAUGACCAUGGUGUUCCAGAACCAGGUGGUGGAGCUCAUCCUGCAGCAGUGCGCGGACAUCUUCCCACCGCACUGACCCGCCGCCCAGCCCGGGGACAGUCACUGGGGUCUGGCCACUUUGCAGCGCGGCAGAGUGUGCGUGCGCACGACCAGACUAACCAGAAGUCCUCUGGCCUCGCCCAGGGUCUGGGUCCUUCAAGGGGAUAGCGGCCCCUGGUGGGCAGUUGGUGAAAUGUGAUUUUCCCCCUGUCAAUGCAGUUGGGGACCAAUCAUGUGGUUCUUGAUGCCAGCACUGAGGCAGAGUGCCUUCAGUGACAGCCCACGCAAUGAAGAGACACUUGGAGAGUCCUGACUUGAAGCUAUCCCAGAGGCCCUGUGGGCCGCACGCGGGUCAUGAGGCAGCUACCGACCACCUCCAGCACCGGCCGCCGAAGCUGUGGCCGUCAGGCCUCAGGGCCGUGGCUGGCUGUGCCCCUGUGUUCCAUGCCAGGAUUCCUCCUGUUCCCUCAGCACGUGCCCUGCACCUGCCACCCGGCACGCACCCUUGCCACACUCAAUUCCAUGUUACAGAAGAGGAAACAAGUUUGCCCAGGCAGAGCAACUUUGGAGUCCAGUGGGUGA